AGGUAGUGGGAGAAGCAGUGUGGCGCAGAUGCGCGUAAACGAUCGAACGUGUAGCAUCUCGAGACGUUUGGUGCCUCUCGCAGCUUGCUGCUAGGAAGUCCUGCUUAGAAACUACUGGUGUCUUAAAACGUUUGAGUGAAACGUCAUUCUCCGGAGACUCGUCCAGCUUUCAUCCAGCCGGAUAUGAGACAAUUCCCGACCAGGGAAACAAUCUAUAGCAUAUUCCAUUAAAUUACUUAACACGACCUCCUGAAAUUCCUUCUUCAUAAUGCCGUUCACGGCGGACGCGGCGGCGACUCAGAUACAGGAACGCCUAAAGAACAUUUACAAUCUCGUGCACGAGAUUGAGAGUCAACGAGUCCGGUCCGAGCACAACCUAAACAAUAUCAUGAAGACUCAUGAGAAGGUCACACCGGACGACAAAGUCUCUCCUUACUAUCAGCAAAAGUUAAAAAAUUUGUACAAUGCCGCGGUGACUGAUACCCAGCAGGAAGAAGAGAUUUUGCGCAAGGCUCUUGGUAAGAUUAACGAGAUACGCACGAUACGAAAUGAACGACGCAUACAAGCACGUCAAGCCGGCAAUAAGGAGACUAUCAGACGCGGAGCACUGAUGAAGAUGCUGCUGAGCACCGCGCAGACCCUACCCCUCUACGUGGGAAAGACACCGGGCGCCAAACCACCACCACUGUGCGGUGCGAUACCCGCCGAGCCUACUUACAUCGCGAAGAUGGGCGACAUGGUAGCCGCAUUAGUGAAAGGCAACGAAGAAGGAGAGAACUGGAUACUCGCGGAGGUCGUGCAAUUUAUUGUCGCGACGAAUAAAUACGAGGUGGACGAUAUUGACGAGGAGCAAAAGGAUCGCCACACGUUGUCACGGAGACGAGUGGUACCAUUGCCACUGAUGAGGGCCAAUCCUGAGACCGAUCCGCACGCCUUGUUCCCGAAAGGAUCCACAGUGAUGGCGCUCUACCCGCAAACUACUUGCUUUUACAAGGCGAUUGUGCAACGUCAACCAAGUACUGCCACGGAAGAGUACCUAAUUCUGUUCGAAGAUGCUGCUUACGAGACUGGCUAUUCACCUCCAUUGAGUAUAGCGCAGCGUUAUGUGAUUUCCAUCAAAGAGAGCAAAAAAAAUAAAAGUCAAUCCUCCAGGAAGAAACAAUGUAUAUGAAAGAAAUUAUUCUAAAAAAGGU